AGCGCAAAGGCAUUAGUAUCCAGCACAAUUGGUAAAAACUGUGGAGGCAACGCUGAACUUACACAAGUGGGUUGUGAUAGUAAUGUAGUGAUAGCAGACAUUUUAAAGAAACUACAAUUGACGCGAGAAUGCUAGUUGAUAAUGAAACUAAUUUAAUAAUCAAUGCCAUAGAGGAAUUUGGUGGUGAAGCAAGAUUUGUUGGUGGGUGUGUAAGAGAUUCAAUUCUAAAAAGAAAUGUUCAUGAUAUCGACUUAGCCACAAAUUUACUUCCAGGUCAGACAAUCAAGGCACUGGAACUGUAUGGUAUAAAAACCAUUCCAACUGGGUUAAAACAUGGCACAAUCACUGCAGUUUUAAACCAAAAAUCCUUUGAAAUCACGACGCUAAGAUAUGACGUCAAGUCUGAUGGUAGACAUGCAGAAGUAGAAUUUACCGAUGAUUGGCAAGCAGAUGCUUCAAGACGCGAUUUUACAUUCAACGCUUUAUAUGCAGACAGACAUGGUCAUAUAUAUGACUACUUUUGUGGUAUCAAGGACCUAGAAGCACGAAGAUUGAAUUUUAUAGGUAAUGCAGAGGAUAGAAUUAAAGAAGACUAUUUACGUAUUUUAAGAGCAUUUCGGUUUCAUGCAAAAAUAUGUGUGGGAGAGUUAAGUAAUGCAAUAUUAGAAGUAUGCAAAAAACAUUCACACAUGAUUCAAAGCCUUUCCGGAGAAAGAAUAAGAGAUGAAAUAUUUAAAUUACUGGAAUGUGAUAAUCCUUUCCCUACUCUGGAAAGCAUGCAAAAAUUUGAUAUUUUAUAUGAAAUUAUUCCACAAAAAGUAAAUUGUUGCAUUCUGUCUUCAGAACUUCUUACUAAUACUGAUGCACUAGUAAAAUUAGCAUUACUCCUUAGAACCACUAGACCUCUUUCGAAAUCGAUUUAUGGUAAGAAAUUUUUAGGAGAAGUGCAAGCGAGCAUCGCAGAAUACGUGGAUGUAUUUGAGGAGCGUAGCUCAGCUUCGAUAACAAAAUUGCCAUCAGAAAUUGAGUUUCGAAAGAGGUCUACUGAAGAUGACAAUCUUGGAGAAUAUAUAAGUAAAUUUCUACGUCUCUCAAAAAAACAAGAAAGGAGACUGUUAUUUCUACUAACUAAUAAUAUUUCAACUGAACUUUCGGAAAAAGAACAAAAAAAGUAUAUAUCUUUAUACGGUAGAGAAUUAUAUCGUGAUUUAGUAAGAAUAUGUGGAGUUGAAUCUGCUAAGAAUAUAAACACAACCAAACGAUAUAUUGCUUUUGCUUGUACCUUCACCACUCCCAAAUUUCCUUUAUCUGGAUAUGACUUAAUAAGUCUUGGCUACCAACCAGGAAAAAGCUUGGGUGAAAACCUGGGGCUAAUAAAAAAACACUGGGAAGAUAGCUCCUAUGCUCUAACGAAAGAUGAGCUAAUGCUUUAUGCUAAGAAUUUCAUAAGCGUUCACAGAUAA